AUGGCCAAGAAAACAGAAACACUAAAAGUCGCCUCAACUGAACCUGUUGGAAUAAUCGAUGAAUCCCCUGAGGUAACUAAAGAAUCGUCUGCAAAAUCAGAAGAUGAUAAGGUUCCCGAGAUUUCCAAGGAAAACGAAGGUGUUGAUGACACCGAAGAAGUCGCUUUAAAUGAUGACAAGGAAGAAACUUCAAAGCAACCAAGUCCAUCAGCUAAGGCUGAAGAAGCUAAACAAGAAGCAACAGAAGAAGAGGAAGGGGAAGCUCCACCACAGCCACCAAGACCUGUUGAUCCAAUACAACAAAUUACUCAAGAUUUACAAGAUGCCUUUCCAAAUAUCGAAGAAAAGAUCAUUACUGCAGUAUUGAUUGCUUCUCAAGGUAAUCCUGAUCCAGCAUUCAAUGCUCUUUUAUAUAUUUCUGAUCCAUCUUUCAAGCCAGAAAUUCCUGCGCCACAAAUAUCAACCGGUAAAUCAGGCCCAACCGGCGCCGUAGCUGCGGGCAAGGGAGCCGCACCACGUCAUGAAUUAACUGAUGAUGAAUUGUUGGCUAGACAAUUACAAAAGGAAUUCGAAUUAGAAGAUGCCAGAAGAAGAAGAAGACAUCAAGAUAAGAGUAGAAGAACUGAUCCAGGUCGUAAACAACAGCGUCCAAUUAGACAUUCUCAGGAACAAGAUCAUGAUUUUGAUGAAGAAAGUCCAGAUGAAUUUGAACAAAUUAAAGAAACUUUUACUCAAGGGUUAGAAGAAGCAAGAACUACUCUUAAUGGAUGGGUAAGUGGAUUAGCUAAGAAAUUUGAUAGUGCAACUGGUAAGAAUGAAAAUCCAAAUCCUAAUGCUAAUAAAGAAAAUCCAAAAUUAUUUGGUGCAUUAGGUGGAUCUUCAUAUAAGAGACAACAAGCUGCUAGAUUUGAUGAGGAUCCCGAGAUUAUUGCCCAUGAUUUCCACGAUAGGAUUCAAUUGAGUAAUAAUGAUUUCGAUGAUGGUAGUGAAGAAAACCCAUCAUUACCUAAUAGACCAAAAGGUGAAACUGAUAAGACUAGUGGAGAAAACAAGACUGCAAGCGAUAAGAAAUGGCAGCCAUUAGAUUCUGGAGUUCCAGCUAAUUCUGAUGCGUUUUUGGUAACUGAUAGUGAAGAAGAAGAACUCACUGCUCCUGCCCCACCUCCAAAGAACUAA